CGGGCACCCGGUAGCGGGCGCGCGUAGCGGCCUGCACAGGUCGUACCGUCCCUUUCUGCCAUCUGGACUUCUGGGUUCUCCGCUGGCUCUUGGACGUUUUAUCAUUUUAGAACUAGAAGCAACAGCAAAGCUCAAAGUCUUACCCAGUUCCCUUGUUUUACAGAAGAAGCAACCAAAACUCAGAAAUGUAAUGAUUUAAGGUCACACAGCUAGUAGCUGGCACAGCCCAUCCUAGAAUUUACCGCUCCCCUUUCAACACAGGGCUUUUUCUACAGUGUAUCAGUUUAUGUUGAAAUUCUCAUAAUUUAUGUAGCUAUUCCUUGGGAGCCGAGACUAGAGCUUUGGUGUUAGAAUUAGACCGAAAUUCCGCUGCCCCGAUCAGAUGUGUGACCUGGAGGGAGGCACGUAAGUGGUCAUAUUAAAACACUGAUAAUGACGCCUCACGGGAUUAAUGUGAUGUUUUUUUAAAGUGUGCACAAUGACUGACAGGCAAGAAGAGACAGCAGCUCGUAAUGUUGUUAGGGGUAUCUAUGGAAUGUUCUCAAGAUCUUGGCACAGAAGGGGAGUCAGGAAAAUCAACUUUUUACUCUAGAACUGCUACUAAUUUGCUUAGUUAGCAUCCCUGUGUUUUAUUUCUUUGUCCAUAAAAUCUCUGAAAAGAUUUCCUGGGUGCUCCCUCCACCAACUUCCCUUCAUUUCGUUGGCCACUCCUGGUUGUAAGGGAGGCUGCCCAGUGAGGUUUUUUAGCUGGACAUAUGCCCCCCUUCCCCCCGCCCCAUCCCCGCCAAUAAAAUCAGGAUUGGGUGUUUAGGGAUGAAGGGGAGAAUGAAUGUUGGCUAGUCAAUUUUCAGGCUCUGCCACAAAUGCCAACCCAGGAAUUCUUGCAGAGUUACGCUUUGUGGAUCCAUUCUAUAACAGCUUUCAUUGAACACACAGUGACUGUUUACUACCUGCCAGAUGUGUUAAAAGUGCUUUAACUGCAUUAUCUUAUUUAAUACUCAUAGUAUCCCUAUGGGGGUACAUACUGUUAUUAUACCCAUUUUACAGAUGAGGAAAAGAAGGCUUAGUAGUAAGAGCUGUAGCCAGGAUAUAUUGAUUAAAAAAAAUACAAUACAGAUCUCUCUGAGAGGAAGGAGGAUGGGCAUGGCAGCAGCCAGGGAAUUGAAUGUUGCCGCGGACCAACACCCAAAACCUUGGAUUCUAUUUCAGUCGUUACAUUCAGUCACCUACUGGUAGUAUAAACCUUGGUCUAAGCACAUAACCUUUUUGGUCUGUAGUGUUCUCGUCAGUAAAAUCAAGAUGUUCUGUUGGCUGAAUGGUUUCCAAUAUUUUCUUCACCAGGGAACACUUUUUCAAGUUUGUCUUACCACAUUUAGCGGUAACAGUUUACUUCUCUAUUUUGUUAAUCAAAGACAUUUAGAAAUGCAUAUCAGAGUUUCUGUUCUGCCUGAGACAUGCACGGUGGACACUUAGUCCACAGCUAUGAAAAACGGCAACCUCUGUAGCCAUAUAGUGACGCUUACCAUUCCAGAUAAGCUUUACAGUGUGGACUGUGAAGCAGCCAGGAUCCUGUGAUGUGCCUGUGACACCAUGUUGGAACCUCUGGACUAGAUGAAGUCUAAGAACCAUUGCCACUCUGAAAGUCUGUUGUUUUGUGAGGAAUCCUGAGACGAAUAACUGGUACUUCCUUUCAUAAAAUAGGGCACAUCUGUAAUGUGAGAGACUUAAGGUGCCUUCCUGUUCUAAAAUUCUGUCGUGAACACACUGCUUUCCAUAAAAUGGAGAACAUCCUGACCAAGGCCAGCUUUCUGUCACACUGGAGGAAAGUCAGAAGCAGUUGGCACAGGAGGGACAGGUCAUUGGCUGAGAGGAAGAAAAACUACAAGCCAGGAGUUACGUUUGGUUUGCAACCACUGGGUGAGAGAUCUCCAGAAACCAUGUGAUGCUGAAAUGAAGUUCAGGCAUCAACUGUAACAAACUGUUCAAAAUCACAGCUUUCAAAUUCACCUGUGGAGAAUAAACAUCUGUAUUUGAAGUUAACAUCAGACCUUAGCAUGUGCUAAUUUCAGUUUCAUUCUUUACUCAUAUUCUUGGAGAAAUAAAAACGAAGAUUUAUACUCAAGUCAGGUUAAAAAAUGAAACAAAUAAAAAGAAACGGGGCUUAAUAGAAAAAUUACCUUUGUGACUUUGGUGCUACUUGCUAACUCCUUUGAAAAUGAGAAUUUGUUAAAACAAACAACAACAACAACAAAAACAAAAACUCUUCCUUCAUUUGAACUCUCAUGAGUUAAGGUUUGUUGGUUUUUUGUUUGUUUUUUUAUAUACUUCUACCUCCCUUUCCCUUGCCCCAAAAGAAAAACAGUUAUAAACCAAAUGGAGAAAACGGCAGUAUAAUUUAAUGUGAUAUUACCCUGUGAUAGUCUAAUCUGAAGAUUCUUUUUCCCGUCUGAGAGCCAUCUAAGGUUAAGUUUUCAGGAGGAACAUUGCUGAAAUAUUUUUAUGUUGGGGGCUGUUUAAGACCUGCUAAGAUUUGAGAAGUGUUUGUGCUUUUUAUUUUUAGCAUGCUCUAUAAGUAGGCUUAAGUACUACCUGCUCUUUUCUGGUUUUGACUGAAUAUUUUUACCUUACAUAUGACUAAAUUCUUUAGUUUGAAUAUAUACUUAUGCAUUUAGGCAAACUAAUAAAUGACAGGAGCCCUGGUGGCAAAAGUACAAUAUAUAGGAGUGAUUUUAAGUUCAAUUUGUUAAUUAAAGUAGUUGAUAUGCAGCUGUUACUUUUUAAUAUAUGAUAUAUAGUCCUAAAAUUAGAUUAAGUGGAUAUUUGUAAACUGAGUGGCAUUUAAAAAUACCGCUGGGUUCGGGUAACCCUAACUCAAAUCCUUUGGUGAUGUAAAUAGUUAAUGCCUCAUGUACUUGUUUUAGCAGUCUGGACACAACUGUCUAGAAAUAUAUUCUCCAGAAGUCAGGUUUAUUGAAAGAAUCAAGAGAACCUGUGAGGACUACAGGGAGUUAAGGAAGGAGAUGCUAAUUCCAUGGCUUGGAAACACAGCCUUGCUGGGGUAGCCAUAAUAAGGAUGACAUUCAGAGUUUGUCCCACAGAUAUUCCUUAAGACAGAGCUGGGAUGACCCACACUUCCAGGUCUUUCUCCUGGCCUAAAUCAGGUUUGAGGAAGUCAAUAGGUUAUGGGUUACCCUCCAGCAUGGGAAUGUUUCAGUCUCAAAUGGAAGCAGUGGCUCUGCCGAGGCAAGUAUCAUUCUUUUCUGACCAAAGGAAUGAUUAUUAUUAAGUUUUUAUAAAUUCCUGGAAAUUCCAUUUCAUUUUCUGAAUUAUAUCCUAGAGAGAUUGCUGCUGUGAUGUAUUUGUGUUUGCCUACAUCUCCCACCAGGAGGUUAUAUCCUUGCACAAUUAACCAGCAAAGACUGGAGUAGCAUGAGUAAGUGCAAACUGCAGACAUGUAAGCAGCUGAAUAGCCUUCAGUGUCAGGGGUUAAUCAGGAGAUAGAGUUGCAAAUAAAUAGUCAAACUGGCUAUGUUUUCUGUUUUCCUCCCUCAGGUGGAGAUAGAGGAGAUAGAAACUGAAUAGUGAAAUACCCCCAGAAGCAGACUGCUGAAGGGAGGAGAGGCCUAAUCAAUCUAUGACGAAAAGAGCUGGGUCACUCUAGGAAGGCAGUAGGCCUGCUUCAAUAGUAAUCUUGAUUGUCACAAGUCACUGUCUCAUGCCUAGUCUAACUAGCCUGUGGCUCAAGGUUCACCUGAACUCACUUGGAGCUAGGCCUGUGGCUCUUUGUGGUUGACUGAGUUCCUAGUCCCCUGGAUAUUUAGGAAUUCUUGUGUGGGUUGGUUGAGGUAAAGGAGAGAGGUAAUAAGAAUGGAGGGCAGCCAGAGGACACCAUAAAAUGCUGACACCUUCUCUGUGACAUCUCAUGUAUUAUGUAAAUUCUACAUUAACCUCACCUCAAAAGCCAGAGGCCACUCUGGAAAAUUGCAGUGGGGAACACUGUUGGAAACAUUUUUAGGAGCAUGUCUAUCGGCAUUGGUAUUCAGAACAGCUUACUUUCAUCUUUACUUUCUUUAAUCUGGUUGAAGGCCGAGGUGAAAUUAAGAGCAAGUUCUUUUCUUCUAACUGGGAGGUCCCUUACCCAGAAUAUACUGAUAUACCAAAUAAGAGUAAAACGAAAACAAACUGAAGAAGGUGCCCUAUUACGUCAGCUUGUCUCAAAGGGAGGGCCAGCGGGCAUCUCCUUUUAUGGUGCUAACUGGCAUAGGUGAGGCUCUUAUAAAGAUUAGCCAAGCUUUCACUGGCUAGGCGGCACAUGCCUAAAUAACCCAGUAAACCAAAAAAACCAAACCUGUUGCCAUCGAGUCGAUUCUGGCUCAUAGCGACCCAAUAAUCCUCUCAAAUUACAACGCACAGAGGACAAAUAUUUAACUCAGAGCUUUUUAAAUGGUAUGUAGCAAUGAACAUGCAUCAUUCCUUACUUCAUGAGGAGACAGAGUAUAAGGUAAUAAAACCAUGUGCAAUAUGAUGAAAAAGUAAAGCAGAGUAAGAAGAAAGGGGGUGAAGGUAGUCGAAGUGUGCUAUUUUAGAUAGUGGGGUCAGAGAAAGCCUUCCUAAAAAGGUGACGUUUGAGCAAACACAUAAAUUAUCGGAAGGAGCAAGCUCUGCCAAGAUCUGGGGGAAGUGAGUUGCAGGCCAAGAAAACAGCAAGUACGAAGACUUGAGGCGGGGGUGGGCUUGGCAUUUUGAGGAGGAGCUGGAAGGUUGGUGUGGUUGGAGCAGCCGGAGUGGGUGGGAAGUGUAGGAGACGAAGUCCUGGAGGCGCACGGAGGCGGGGGCGGUGCUCUGAUUGACGUCUUUACAGGAUUAUGUUUAAAAAAAAAAAAAAAAGAAAAGAUCUAUAUGGAGAAUAAGUUGUAGGGGGCAAUUCUGGAAACAGGGAGACCAUCUGGAAAGCUAUUAAAAACCCAAUAGUUAGCCCAGAAAGUAUGGCACCGGGACAAGCUUUUAGCUCAGUAAUGAAGUCACUCCUCAGGUUCACCCUUCAGCCAAAGGUUAGACAGGCCCGUGAAGCAAAAUGAGACUAAAGGGGCACACCAGCCCAGAGGCAAGGCUUAGAGGCAGGAGGGGACAGGAAAGCUGGUUAUUGGGCAUCCAAGGUCAAGAAGGGAGAGUGUUGACAUGUGGUGGGGUUGGUAACCAAUGUCACAAAAUAGUAUGUGUACUAAUUGUUUAAUGAGAAACUAGUUUUUUCUGUAAACUUUCAUCUAAAUAUUAUAUAUAUGUAUAUGUAUAUACAAUUUUAUGGUUCAUUAUAUUAGAUAAUAAAAUUGAGUUGAUAUUAAAAAAAAAAAAAAAAGCAGUAGUUGUCAUUGAGUCGACUCCAACUCAUGGUGACCUUAGGUGUAUCAGGGUAGAACUGUGCUCCCUAGGGUUCUCAAUGGUAGCUUUUUCGGAAGUAGAUUACCAGGCCGUUCUUCUGAGGUGCCCCUUGGUUGUCUGAACCUCCAAAUUCUUGGUUAGCAGCUGAGUGCAUUAACCAUUUGUACCCAGGGACUCCUUGCGGUAAUCUGAGUACAAGAUGACUUGGACAACAGAAGCGUUUACCCCUAAAUUCAAAUGAUUGCACUAUACUUAAAUUGCAUCUUGUUCUUAAGAGCUACAGGUAUGAAAUGAUUUAGGAGGCAGUCUUGGACCAAACGGAGAAAACUUCAUGUCAAGGCAGCCUUCGUUUGCAAAUCUCAGGCAUCACAAAGAAGAUAUCCCCUCGGAUCACUACCAAUGGUUCUACUGGGCCUUGAUUCAAGCCCUUAAAGCAGCGGAGCCUACUAGGAGAGAAAUUGCAGGGAAGAGCCCUGGAGGCACAAACAGUGCCAGAGCAUCAUGUGCUACUAAAAGUAACCGCAAAGACAGAACUGGCUGGAAGUAAAACAUCUUUAUGAGGACUGGGGCUGCUGGGGCCUGUGGCCCUCGUGCCCUUUACUGUCUUGCCCCACUGGAAUGGGUCCCUUUCCUACAAUAGUUCCAAGGUGUAAAGCUUUGAAGGAAGUGGAUUUAAUUAAAAGUUCUGAGUCAGGCUGUUACUGCUACAAUCAAAAUACCCAAAUAAGGUGGAAGUACAUAUGGUCAACUGUACAGGUGGACAUUACCAGUCCAGGCUUGCUCCAUAUUUUAUAUAUCACAGAAAGACAUAAUUGCCAGUAUCCAGAAACCGUUAUAUCUUUUAUCAAAUGUGUGAUUCAUAACUUUUGGACACCAAAGGAGUCUAAUGAAAUAACCAUAAUCAUCAAUCCAUAUGGAGAGACUGUAUGUUUCUCUGUGAAGCCUGUAAGAAAGAUAUUUACCUAUACAAUAAGAGUGAAUCAAAACGUCAUGGACUUCAAUCUCUUCCUUGUGUUUAUGACAGGCAUUUUCCUCUUCUUUUAUGCAAAGACCUUGAGUCAAAGCCCUAUUUUCUAUUACUUUUCCGGGACUGUGCUAGGUGUUCUGAUGACAUUUGUCUUUGUCCUGCUGUUGGUGAAAAGGUUCAUUCCGAAGUAUAGCACGUUUGGGGCUCUAAUGGUUGGUUGUUGGUUUGCUUCAGUUUACAUUUUAAGCCAAUUGAUGGAAGAUCUGAAGAGGCUGUGGUAUGAAAGCAGAAUAUAUUUAUUAGGCUAUAUCUUGAUAGUUGGAUUUUUCAGCUUUGCAGUUUGUUACAAACAUGGACCCCUUGUUGACGAAAGGAGCAGAAACCUCCUGACGUGGACGCUGCGGCUCAUCUCCCUGGUUCUCAUCUACUCCGGGACAUCCGUGCCUCAGUUUGCAUAUGCAGUGAUGGUCCUCAUCCUGUGCUCCAGAAGUCUGCGCUACCCAGUCAAAGUAUUCCACUAUAUGAGCUGGAAAAUGAAGAGAUGGUUUACAUCAGAAAAACUGGUGGUUCAGUAUCUUACUGACGAAGAAUACAGGGAACAAGCCGAUGCCGCGACAGCCAGCGCUCUGGAGGAGCUGCGCCAAGCCUGCCUCAGGCCCGACUUCUCAUCCUGGCUGGCUGUCUCCAGACUCCAGGCUCCUAAAAAAUUUGCAGACUUUGUUCUUGGAGCAAGCCACUUGUCACCAGAAGAAAUUCGUCUGCAUGAAGAACAAUAUGGCCUUGGGGGUGUCUUCCUGGAAGAGCAGCUCUUUGACCUGAGGACUGCAAGUUAACAUCAUUCUAGACAAGGAAGUGGAUAAAGGGCAGGGAUCCUGGUAAAGUUGGGCGGAACUGUUCUAGGAACAGUGGCAAAAGCGUUUGCUAUGGAGAAAAAUCAAGUCAUACCAGAAAGGAAAACUAAACUAUAUUGAAGAUAACUUAUUCUUGGCAAGUUGUGCUACUUACGGUACUGUAGGUGGCCACUAAGAUUCUGUGACGGUCAUUCCUGGUUUCCUUGAAUGAAGAUUUUCGUUAGCAGCUAGGGAAUUGUGGUGUUCUUCAAGGGGCCAGACAGCAUGAACAGGUGCUUUGUCAACACCAGGGCUUUAAAUCCUCUCUCAGUCUCCAGAACCUGCAUAAAAGAGCCUGCAUUGCUCUUCCUGCAUUCGUCAGUGCAAGUGCUGGAAGAGACCUGAGAAAUGCUGGACCAGUGUUUUCCAAAGUAUAGUCCACAGAACGCUAAUAGGUGUCGUAGAGGCGGAUUGACCAGAAAGCAAAGUACGCACAGACUUAAUUGUGUUUACUUACUAAUCUGUAGUAUACAAUUUCACAUGGGUUUCACCACGUGGUGAAAAACAGGUGAAAUUGUGCACUACAGAUUAGUAACAAAGCCCAUGUUUGCUUUGCUUAUUAGGUAAUCCAUCCCUGAGUGUCCGAGAUUCUGAGGUCAACUAAGUGUUACACAAAUUUAAAGAAAUGUACUACAGGACUUUUCAGAAACUUUAAUAAGGCUGAUGCACAUUGUGACUCUCCUAGCGGGGAGAUGUUGUGUGCAGCAGUUUUCAAUUUAAUUUGACCACAGAACCCCUUUUCAUGAGAUAUUCCUUGGAGCACAUGUUUGGGAAAUGCUAAUCUGUUUCCGCGCCUUCAUUUUACUGAUGGAGAAAUUGAGGUUUGGGGAGGUUACAUAACUUAUCAAAGACCACAAUGUUUUAGAGGCAGCACUGGGACUAGAACUCCAGCCCUUUGUGUGUCCCACGACUCACGUAGAAGAGACCUUCACAGCAAAACACAGUGCCAUCUCUGCACAGCCUUGAGCCGCACACAGUGGUGACUUUUUUAUUUUUUAAACUAAUGGGCAAUAAGCAAUUUAAUAAUGGCGAUAAACAGAAAUAUUUUUUAAAUCAUUAAAGUUUUGAUAAGAUUUUUAUGGAAAUAUGUAAUGAUUAGGAAUUAAAAUUACUUUAUAUAUAUUUUUAUAUGAUAAAAUUGAAGGCUUGAGCCUCUUGUGAAUUUUGAAUUGCUUGGUCCAUUUUUUAAAAUUGUUUAGCUAUAUGUGUUUGUAACAACAUCCUACAGAAUAGGUUUAUGAUCUUUCUUACAGAGAACAAAUCUUUUCUUGAUUCGUAAUGUUAAGCUGAUGUUAAGCCAGAAUGAAAUGGGGCCAAACUGUUUGUUUUGACUCUGAGGAAAGGAGACCAAAACACAGGUCUGAGAAAAGAGAGCAUGGCAACACAGUUUAAGAGUGCAGAUGUUGCUAAACUGAUUCCCUUUCAGAAUCAAACUCAGACUUUUUUUGCUCUGAUGGGAUCAAAAGGAAGAGGGGCAUUCCUGAGGAAACCCUUUCACUAGAAGAAGAUAAAAGGGGAAUGGUAUACCGAGAAUUAAGGCACUGUUGCUUUCCUGAGCCAGAUUUACUGGGAUUUUUCUGAAGUUUUGAGUUGGAGCAUAACUACCAACAUUUGGAACUUUCGUAAGGUUGAUUUUCAAAUAGUAUUUCCUCUUGAAAGGAGAAUGUCAGUGUUUUACAGGUCCCUUUGCCAGGAGCCUUUUAAUAUUAGGAGCUUAGCUUUUUUUUUUUUUUUUUUUUUAAAUGCACUGUACUCCAUCUGUGCCUUUACAUAGAUUUUGAUUAAGAUCUCAAAGUACCUUCCAUUCAGACUUAUGACGAUGGUGACUCUUUUAUCUGUGUUUAACAAAAGUAAAACUUGAACAUUUUGUUACAGUUUAAUCUGAUUUUUAUUUAUUAUAAUUCUAUUUAUUGAUGAUAUAACUGUACCAAAUGUAACAAUGCUUAUGUUCACCAAGUUCACCUCCCAAGAGGCAGUUUGUCUAGUACAAAGUGUAUGUGUGAAUAAUAUGAGAACAGUCUGCUGGAAUUCCUAGGGGAUGUUUCAGCCAAGACAGCCCCAGGGCCUCACCUGUGGCAAGGUGAAAAGGCCAUGGCAGGAAGCAGCUCAUUGUGGAUCAGCAGGCCAGGUGUAAAACAAUCACAAUAGCCAACCAACCAACCAGUUGCCAUCAAGGUGAUUCGGGCUCAUGGCGACCCCACAUGUGUGAGAGCAGAACUGUGCUCCGUAACGUUGUCAGUCCCACAUGUGUGAGAGCAGAACUGUGCUCCGUAACGUUGUCAGUGGCUGGUUUUCCAGAAGUAGAUCACCAGGCCUUUCUUCUGAGGUUCCUCUGGGUAGACUUGAGCCUCCAUUCUUUUGGUUAGAAGCUGAGCAUGUUAUCCAUUUGCACUACCCAGGUACUCCUAACAAUCACAACAAAAACAGCUAAAGAAGGAAAAAAAAGAGUAACAGUCUUCCCGGACCUUAAUUUUUGUUUAUUUUUAGGGGACGUCAUGGAUUUGUCAGUUUCUGUUAUGAGUACUGUAAGAAGCUGAACAAUUAAAAGCAUUACUUGUGUGAUA